AUGCAGAAGAAAGCCCUAUACGUAAUUAUUUUCUUGUUAGUAUCUCUUGCUUUCUGGAUAUAUCGUACUUCAAAUAUAGAAUACGAAAAUACUAUUUUAAUAUUACAACAGAAUCACCAAUACACAAACACAAUUAUAAUAUCUCCUUCAAACUCAACAUGUAGAAAUCCUCUACAUAUAUUAAUCAUAGUUACUUCCUAUGUGGGCCAUAUUGAAUUACGCAGUGCACAUCGCCAAGCAAUGCCUUCAGAUUAUUUGGCAUCCAAAAAUGCUUCCAGAAUAUUUUUGCUAGCUAAAAUACCUUCUGUUGAGAGGUACAUAACACAAGCGGCCAUUGAAGAUGAGAGUAAAGCAUUUGGAGACAUACUGCAAGGCUCCUUUUAUGAAAAUUAUAGAAAUUUGACCUACAAGCACCUUAUGGGACUACAAUGGGCAUCAUCAAAAUGUAGCAAUACUGCAUUCAUUUUAAAAGUUGAUGAUGACACAGUUUUUAAUUUUGAUAAAACUGUUGAUUAUUUACUAAGCAUUCCUACCCAAGAUCAAUUUAUUAUGGGAUACAUUUUGAACAACACAUUACCGAGAAGGAAUAGUAAUAACAAAUGGUUUGUUACAAGAGAAGAAUACCCAAGACAAAAAUACCCAGCUUAUCUCUCUGGCUGGUUUUACAUAGUGAAUCCUAAAACUGCAGAAAUAAUUUGCAGUGAGGCUCCAUACCAUCCAUAUUUUUGGAUAGAUGACAUAUUAGUGACAGGGAUUUUGACUGAGUAUCUUAAUAUCAAACUACAACAAUUGCCAAGUGGUUUUUGGUUGGAAUAUUAUGAAUUGGUAGAGUGCUGUAUAAGAGACAUGGUAGAAAAAAAUAUACAAUGCCAAUAUGUUGUAGGACCAAAUGGUGGAAGACAUAACUUAUUAGUCGAAUUUAACAAUGCCUAUAGGAAUUGUAAAACUUCUUGUUCUAGGUCUGACCAACAAAAUAUAAAAGAUACAUGUAUAAUGAAAAGGGAUAGGACCAUAUUUAGUGAUGGAAUGGCAGAAGUAAAUAAGAUAGUGUUAUAA